AUGCGAGGGUGCAGCUCGUAUUGGGAAAAAGCAAAACGUGAUUGUUUUACUGUAAUAAGACCAGCAAGUGGUCCCAUUGAUGAUUUAAUAGCUUAUCAUCCUAAUGAUUCAUACUUAACAGCAAAGGAAAUAUAUAACGAUUUACAAAGUAAAACAAAUUUAAAAUUAUAUUAUUAUGACAGUAAUGAUACAGAAAAAAUUAAAAAUCUUCUACCAAAAUUACAACCUGUUCCAGGAACAGCUAAAAUACAUGAAGUUGAAGUUGAAAGUAACGGUGAUUUAUAUGGUAAAGAUUGGUCUAAUGAACCACUAAAAUUAUUAAAAAUACGUUUUUAA